AUGUCCACCGAGGGUGGCGCUGGUGGUGCCGGUCGGCAGGCCGGGGACGAGAGCCAGGAAAGGGGCCAAAAGACGGGCGAGAGCCCUGCGGCUCUUCCGAAGCUUCCCUCUGCUGCUGGUGCGCUAGGCGCUGUCAAGACUUCGUUCGCUGCCAGUAAGAAGCGUAAGGUCAUCUCAGAGUCGGACUCGGAUGACGACGACGACGAUGACGCUGUGGCUGCUGGCCAGGUCGGCCAGGACGACGAGUUGGCAAAUUUUUCGUCGCUAGCCACGGGAGCAGCGGGUGCGUCCGGGAGCAACGGUGGGCGUGCUGAAGCUGCCAGCGACGACGGGAGUGACGACGGGAGCUCGGGUAGUGGUGGUGCUGUCUCGCAGCGGCGCGACGACGGCGCCGAGAGCGGGCGCGACUCGGCGGUCGACGCCGAGGCCGAGGCCCGGGAAAUUGAGGAGCGGUUCGGCCUGUCGUCGUCGGACGACUCGUCGUAUGACGAGGAAGAUGAGGAGCAGCGGCGCGACGACGAGUUUGUGGUUCCGUCUGGGUUUGUGGUGGAGACUGCCGCUCAGGCGCGGGCGCUGGAUCGCGAGCGCAAGCGCAAGCGGAAGGAGGCCCGCCGGCGGCGGAGAGAGCAGCGCAAGCGGUACGGGCUUCAGGCCGACCUCAUGCGCGACCGUGACGAGCUGUUUGCGGCCGUGGGCGAGGAUGCCGAGGAGUUUAUCAUCGACCCGUCGCAGUUUGGCGACGCGUUUAGCAGCCAGGCUUCGGGUGCAGCGGGCAAGCCGCUGACGGGCGCUGCCGGCGACGCAGACGAGCUUGCGGGUGUGGAUCCGGAGGACCCAGAGGCAAUGGCGCUGAAGGAGGCGAUUGCUGCCGAACGGGCGGCACUUGAGCAGCAGAAGCUCCUUGAGUCGAUGUACGAGCCCGAGGAGCUCAAGGCGCGGUACUUUACGGCGCGCGACAACGAGAUCCGGCGGGAGGAUCUCCCGGAACGGUUCCAGAUCAAGUUUCCGGACCGGUCGAUCCCGUCCGAGGAAGAGCUGCAGGACGAGACGCGGUGGAUCUUCUCGUUUGUGUUUGAGCAGGAGAUGAUGCGACGGGCGGGGACGCGCGAGAGCCUUGUGGAGGUCAUCUCGACAGUGCUCCGGCUGCUGGUUGUCGACCGGGUUGAGGUCCCGUUCAUUAUGAUGUACCGCAAGGAGAACUGGCUGGGCAUCAUCUCGUCGUACGACCUGUGGCGCAUCGCCGAGGCCGACGAGCGGUACUACAAGAUUGCGCGGCGGAAGGCCAAGCUCCUCGAGCUGUACGAGUCGCAUGGCGAGGACGUGCCCGAGGUGUGGGUGGACGACCUUCCCGGUGUGGCCGAAGAGGUCGAGAUCGCGGACCGGUUUGACCAGUUUGCGCUCACCUUUGGCUACCGGUUCCAGGACGAGUCGGCGAGCGGCGGCGAGCAGCGGGCGGUCGACGCUGGCGCGGCCAUCGACACGUACCAGACCUCUGCCGAGUUUGACCUUGUUGGCUCUGAGGCGCUUGCCGGGAACGGUGGCGACGAAGACGACGAUGGCGACGAGGACUACCGCGAGGGCGACGAGGACCUGCUGGAGGCUGAGCUGUUUGGAAGGCCGGGAGACGAUGACGAGUUUGGGCUUGGCGGGGUGGGCGACGACGGCGUCGAGGCGCCGGCGCCGGCGCCAAUGCGGAUGCUGCGGCGGGCCGGACGGCGCGACCGGUACGCGCGCUACCUGCAGGCCGGUGUCGGCGAAAUGGCUGCGCUGUUUGGGCUCGAGCCUGCACUGCUCGGCGAGAACGUGACGUCCGAGGCGCAGAUCCACUUUGCGCAGGCACCGCUGCUUUCGCCGUACGAGGCUGCGGAAGCGUUCCUGAGCAACAACACUGCUGCGCUGUUCAAGCGGCUCGAGUCGAACCAAGCUGCGGACGCGGUGCUUGACGCAGCGCGGUUUGUGUACGCCAAGCAGAUUGCGGCGGAACCGUCUGUGCGGUCCGGGCUCCGUGACCUGCUCCGGAGCGAUGUGGUGGUGGACGUGGCGCCGACGGCCAAGGGCGAGCGCGAGAUUGUGGGCGUCCACGAGUACGCGUCGUUCAAGCGGCUGCUCGCCAAGCCGCUGUCGUCGUUUGGCCUCGACGUGCCGGUCGACUAUGACUGGGGUGCCAAGAUGGCCGACGCCGAGUCGUUUGUGCCAGAGUGGGAGGGCCAGGCGGUGGCGGCCACGCCCAAGCCAACAGACGAGUUUGUGGACCAGCUGUUCGGGUGGCUCAAGCUUCUCCGCGCCGAGCGCGAGGGCUUUGUGACGGUGACAUACAAGUCGCGAAACGGUGAGGCGAUCAAGGAGCGGCUGCUCUCGUUUAUGCGGUUCGAAGAGGAGACGUCUGCGUCGUCGCUGUGGGCAGCGCAGAAGGAGCGCGUGGUGGGCCUUGUGGUCGACAAGUUUGUCUUUCCGUCGGUCGUGGACGAGUUUAAGCGGCGGCUGACGCGGUCAGCGGAGCGGCUGGUGCUUGCGGGCGCGCAGGAGGCGCUUGCGGAACGGGCGUUUAUGCAGCCGUUCCCGCUCCUGCCGGACGCCGAGGCGUUUGAAAACCCGCACCCGUACGGCGACGAGCGCGACGACGCACGGGCGUCGCUCCCGCGCGGCAUCCGGGUCAUUGCUGUUGUGGCGCGGCGCGACCAACCGACGGUGGCGGCGCUUGUGGACGGGUCGGGGACGAUGGUCGACUUUGUGCGCGCGUUCCGCGGCGAGAACGACAAGCUGACGCGGUUUGUGGACGCGUGCCUCCCCACGGUGGUUGUGGUGGCGACGACCGGCAUGGGCGCCAUUCACACCUUCCGCGAUCUCUCGGGCCACGUGCAGAUGCGAAUUGGCGAGGGCCGUCUCUCGCCGUUGACCCAGGUGGGCAUGGUGGCGAACGACGUGGGCGCGAUCUUUGCGGCAUCGCCGCGGUCGAACAAGGAGUUUUCGGAGCACUCGCUGUCGGUGCGCGAGGCGGUUAGCCUGGGCCGGUUUGUUGUUUCGCCGCUUGCGGAGCUCGCAGGCUUGUUUACGCGGCCGGAGCCGUCGUCGGAGGCUCUGCUCCUCAAGCUGCACCCGAUGCAGUGGGCGCUCAAGCGGGAGGUGCUCCUUGCGGGACUGGAGGACGUGAUGGUGCGGACGGUGGCGCUUGUGGGUGCCGACGUCAACGACAUGAUGUAUCACCCGCACUUUGCAGGCGCGCUCAAGUUUGUGGCCGGACUCGGGCACCGCAAGGCGAAUGCGCUGUAUGAGACGAUUGUGCGGUCGGGCGGGAUCAAGGCGCGCGAGCAGCUGCUGCGCGACUUUGGCGUCGAGCCUGUGGUCUACCGCAACAUGGCCGGCUUCCUCAAGAUGUCCAAGCUGAGGGUGGAGACGCAGUACCUGGAGUACGAGGUCGAGGCGCUGUCUGUAGAGACGACGCGGAUCCAUCCCGAGUGGUACCCGCUUGCGGAGCUGCUUGCGCGCGGCGCGCUCAACAUGCCGAUGACGGAAACGGACGACUUUUACGACUACUGCGCAGACGUCAUCAAGGAUCCGGCGAGCCUGGACGUGGUGGACUACGAGGCGCUGGCGACGCAGCUGCGUGAGAAGCGUGGCGAGGAGCUGCUGCAGCGGCUGCUUGUCAUCCGCGCGGAGCUCAAGAUGCCGUUCCGCGACUUGCGCGACGUGGUCAACGCCAUGGGCCAGCGCAUUGCGGCAUGGGCGUGGCCAUCGCCGGUGCAGCUCUUUGAACUCCUCACCGGGUACUCGGCGUACAACCUGCCUGCGGGCUCGGUCAUGCAUGGCCGGGUGGUCCGCGUCCUGGACUCUGGACGGGCCAAGGUGGUGCUCGACAACGGGGUAGUUGGGUGGCUCUCGGUGGACGAGGGCAUGUACUCUGGCGGCGCGCCCGCGGUCAACGAGGGCGCAGUUGUCAAGGCAUACGUGCGCGACCUGCGGUACGAGACGUACGAGAUUGAGCUCGGGCUGCAGGAGCCUGGCGAGGGCUUUAUUCCGCGCGACAUGUACUUUGACGCAGCCGGCGAGGCGGCGGCGGAGGCCAAGUCGCACGAGGCCGAGUCUGCGGCGCGGCGGUAUGUUUCGCGGGUCAUCACGCACGCUCUGUACAAGAACGUGACGUACAGCGGCGCGGUGCGGGCGAUGGAGUCGGCGCAUCCCGGCGACGUCAUGUUCCGGCCGUCGUCCAAGGGCGUGGACAAGCUGACGCUGACGUGGAAGGUCUCGCGUGAGCUGCUGGCACACAUCGAGGUGACUGAGCUCGACAAGGACCACCAAACGGCGCUGGGCAAGCGCUUGUUUAUGCGCGGCGAGGAGUUUGAGGACCUCGACGAGAUCGUGGCGACGUACGUGAACCGUGUGAGCGGGAACCUCUCGCGUUUGGUGGCCAACCAGUACUUUAAGUCAAGCCUCAAGACGCCGGCCGACGCUGCGGCGUACCUGACGACGCAGAAGGAGCGCAAGCCGCGCAAAAUCCCGUACGUGUUUUAUCACCACCCCAAGUACCCGGGCGAGGUCGUGUCGCUUGCGUACAUGCCGAACAAGCGGGCGCGUGUCGAGCGCGUCUUUAUCACGCCCGACGGCUUCCGGUACCGCAACCAGGUGUUUGAGUCGCCAAACAAGCUGCUCUACCACUUUAAGAAGCACUUUAACGAGCCGCCGCCGCAGGACGACCCGCUGCCGUCAUCGGUUCCGCCCGAGCUCGCUGCCGCCGCAGCGACUGGUCCGGCGCCCAUGGCGGUCGAGUCGGCUCCGCCCGCGCCCAAGCAGGAUGCCCGCCUCUUCCCCACCGCCACCGCCGGCUCGUCGAUGUACGCGUACUCGCAGGUCGCCGCCACUCGCGACGUGGCUCCGGCCGCCGCCGCCGCACAGGCAGCUCCGGCUGCGCCGUACGGCGACUAUGGCUCGCAGCAGCAGCCGGCUUACGCCUACUCGCAGACUUCAUCGGCGGCAACAACCGCCUACAGUGGCAUGCAGCAGGGCUACGGUGACCAGCAGCAGGGCUACGGUGGCCAGCAGCAGGGCUACGGUGGCCAGCAGCAGGGCUACGGUGGCCAGCAGCAGGGCUACGGUGGCAUGCAGCAGGGCUACGGUGGUCAGCAGGAGGGCUACGGUGGUCAGCAGGAGGGCUACGGUGGCAUGCAGCAGGGCUACGGUGGUCAGCAGCAGGGCUACGGUGGUCAGCAGCAGGGCUACGGUGGUCAGCAGGGCUACGGUGGCAUGCAGCAGGGCUACGGUGAUCAGCAGCAGGGCUACGGUGGUCAGCAGCAGCAGGGCUACGGUGGUCAGCAGCAGGGUUACGGUGACCCACAGCAGGGCUAUGGUGGCCAGCAGCAGCAGCAGCAGCAGCAGCAGCAGCAGCCGUAUGGCCAUGUCCAGUGA